AGGAGGACUUCUCAGAGAACCAGGACAGAGCUUGGCUUGUCAAAAGGAGAACUUCGCACCAGCUGACCGGCACUUGUGCUUCCUUCUAGACUUGGAUAGAUAGACAGACUAAAAGCUAAAGUUCAAAAACGACUCUAAACUAGGGCUAAGAUGACUCAAAGAAAUGUAAGCAUUGUGGUUUUGGGGGUAGCUCUGCUCCUGUUAGCAUACACUCAGGCCCAGAGUCCCAGGAAGAAACUGACACCUCCCAAGCCUCCCAAAGCUCAGUGCUGCGAGGAUGUGCGCUCGCUCAAAGUCCAGGUGGCCAAUCUCACCAGCAUCCUGGAAGAGCUGAGCCGCAAGCAGGAGACAGACCUGAUGAACGUGGUGAGACAAAUAAUGGAGCUGGACCAGCAGAACCGGCAGCAGGAAGCCCGGGUCACGGAGGCGGAGAGCCGGUACUCGGAGAUCAACAACCGCGUGGAGAUCAUGCAGCUGCAGACUCUGCAGUCCGUCACCCAGACCUCCUCAGAUGCCAUAUAUGACUGUGCAUCACUCUUCAGCAAGAACUACAAGAUCUCUGGGGAGUACAGGCUGCGUAGAGACGAGUUCCUGGGCACGCCGGAGCUCAGCGUCUUCUGUGACAUGGAGACCAACGGGGGAGGCUGGACGCUGAUCCAGCGGCGCCACAUCGGACUCUUGUCCUUCAACCGAGACUGGAAGCAGUACAAAAAUGGGUUUGGAUCCGUUCGAGGAGACUUCUGGCUCGGCAAUGACCACAUCGUGCGGCUGACGAGGCAGCCCACGGUGCUCAGGAUCGAGAUGCAGGACUGGGAGGGGCAGAAGCGCUAUGCUGAGUACGGCCUCUUCAACAUAGCCAAUGAGAUCAACAGCUACAAGCUCUUCAUUGCCAACUACAGUGGAAAUGCUGGAGACUCCUUGCGCUACCACAACAACACCAACUUCAGCACCCUCAACAGGGACAACGACAAAUGUGUGGAUGACUGUGCAGCCCUGCGCAAAGGUGGUUACUGGUACAACUGCUGCACCGACUCCAACCUGAACGGUAUGUUUUACCGCUACGGCGAGCACACGAAGACAACAGAUGGGAUCACUUGGUACGCCUGGCACGGCCCCAACUACUCCCUGAAGAAAGUGGAGAUGAAGAUCCGGCCGGUCAGCUUCCAUCCAUAGAGCCGAGCAUUCUGGUUCACCAAACUCCUGAGCAGAGAAGUCUCCCUCAUGCCUGAUCGCCUUCGCCGCCAUGGGGCGAACUGUGACAGGCGGGUUAAACAUUGUCAGAUGAAUGUGUGUAAAUUGUAGUUCAUUUUGUGUAUUUAUCAGUAAAGUAUUCUAUUUUUUGAGCUUUAACAGAUGAUUUUUUUCAUUAAAGAUGUCCUUCAUGGACUACUGGAUUUAGAGUCUUCCUUUAAAGUAGAUUUAGGUUUCAUUUUUAGAGCUUAACAGAGUUGAAGUCAGUCCAACCAGCUGGCCACAAAAGAUAAAAACGGAGAGAAAAAAACUCAAAGUUGUUGGGAAACAGUCAAACACAAAGGCGUUUAACAUUAUUACAAAUAAAUAGUUUUUUGAAGUGAAAGACAAUAACAUUUAUUAUGAAAAUGUGGAGUUUGUAAAAUGUGUACAGCUCUUUCAAUGUGC